UAUCUAUGACAACAAAAAAUCAAAUGACAUCUUGAAGUUUUGUUCUAUUUAUGAUUUCAGAAAAACAAAUCUCUAAAGUGAUAAUUAAAUAAAAAUAAAAAUAAAAUCAAGAUGAAUCGAUUAUUCGGGCGUGCAAAACCAAAAGAACCAGGUCCAAGUUUGUCUGAUUGUAUAGCAGGAGUAGACAGCAGAGCUGAUACAGCUGAAAAAAAGAUCCAAGCUCUAGAUGUUGAGUUGAAAAAAUGCAAAGAUCAGAUGCUCAAGAUGAGAGACGGCCCGUCUAAGAACGCUGUUAAGACCAAAGCGUUGAGAAUAUUAAAACAACGUAAAAUGUACGAGAGUCAAGUGUCGAAUCUGAGACAACAAGCCUUUAAUAUGGACCAGACUAAUUAUGCUACUCAGUCAUUGAAAGACACUCAAAUUACUAUUGCAGCUAUGAAAGACGGAGUCAAGCAAAUGAAGAAUGAGUUUAAAAAUAUUAAUAUCGAUCAAAUUGAGGAUGUCCAAGAUGACUUGGCAGAUAUGCUAGAGCAAUCUGAAGAGGUCCAGGAAGUUCUUGGUCGUAGCUAUGGCACGCCUGAAAUUGAUGAUGAUGAACUCAAUGCUGAAUUAGAUGCUCUAGGCGAUGAAAUCGGCCUGGAAAGCGACGGUUCAUUUUUGGAUGACGCCAUUACUGCUCCAAAUGCUCCCGAUAAAGAACCUGGUGCUGCAUCUAUCAGAAAUAAGGACGGAGUUCCUGUCGAUGAAUUUGGAUUACCCCAGAUACCAGCUAGCUAAGUCAAUUUAAAAUUUUAAUCUAUUCAAGUCACUACUACAAUUAAUUACAGCUUUAUGAAAAUGAUGUAAUCAAUUUUCAGCUUUAUAAUAAUUACAAAAAUUCAUUUUAUUAAAAUAACAAAAAAAAAAAUAAUAGUAGAAAAAAUUUAUUAUCGAAUAAUACAUUAAUUAAUAUUUUUUUCAUUUUUAAAGUUUAUUAAAAAAUAUUAUAAUUCUUUAAAUUUAAUUAAAAAGUAUAUUUAAAUGAAGGCCAAGUGUGUCUGAUGAUAAGCAAUUAUGUACAAUGUUUAACCUCAGUAAUCCAAAGUAAAUAUAUUUUUUGCCACGAUAA